AUGGCUGCCUCCGCGGCCCCACCACCUAUGUGCACUACUCCGGUGGGUUCAGCGAGUGUAUACGGCAGCUUCAACAAUUCUAAUCAGCAUAACGGCAGUCAGUUCGGUGGCCUCUCUAAUCCAGGAGCCUUCCCCAACACUAUGCCCUCAACCUCCAAUACCUCUCCUGUUAAUAACAGUACUUCAUCGAUAUCGGGUAUUGGCCUGCUGCAGCAGAAGACCCAAGAUAGUACUAUGAGGGAUGUGAGCGGAGAUAGUGCUGGAGGCCGUGCUAGUGCCGUCGAUGGUAAAAGCUUCUUCAAGAUGGCUAGGUCCAGAUUGUCUAAUGACACCUUCGAUAAGUUCUUGGCGAGCAUCAAGCGCCUCAAUGCCCAGGAGCAGAGCACUGAUGAGACUCUUGCUGAUGUGAAGAAGAUCUUUGACCAGGAGGGAGAAGGAUAUGAUGAUCUGUAUUCGGACUUCGCUGCUCUGCUACAUAGGCGUGAUUAA